AUGGCCUUUCGGCUGAAUUGUAUCAAGCAUUUCCUGAGGAAAUAUUUCUUGGAGGGGCAGCCAUGGCCCAGGGGGCUGGAGAGUUGGCUGGAGAACAGAGACUUCCCAAUAAAACACAAGAGUGAGGGGUCGCAUCGUAGCAACGGCUGCCCUCUCACCUGCAACAUCCGUGUGGGACCCGACUUUGGCGCCCUCCGGGACACCGCCGACGCACAGGACGCAGCUGGAAGGAGCCAACGCAUGGGCCCGAAGCCCCGUGAGGCCCCCGGAAUGGCGUGCAGUGCGUGUUACUACCUGGUUAUCAGCUCCACACACCUGAACAAUGGACACUUUCGGCGCGUUAAAGGGGUCUUCAGGGGUCCACUGUGUCCAGCCGCAGCCAGUGACUCACCGGAGCGUGCAGAGAGGGCUUUGGGCUGCUCAGUGGAGGAUCUGAAGGCUCUAUUCUACUGUGAGCUGUGUGACAAGCAGUACCUCAGACACCAGGAGUUUGACAACCAUAUCAACUCCUACGACCAUGCACACAAACAGAGACUAAAGGAGCUCAAGCAUAGAGAGUUUGCUCGAAAUGUGGCGUCAAAAUCAUGGAAGGACCAGCGCAAACAGGAGAAAGCUCUAAGGCGCUUGCACCAACUAGCACAACUGCAGCAAGAAACUCCGCGAGUUCCAAGAAGGACCUAUGGGCUUAGGAGUGCAGUCAGGGCUACGAGCCAAAAGCAGGACAGAGACAUUGAGCAAAGAGAUCACAGCCCUGAGGACAAACCUGACAUUGUCAACCACACCCUCAGGCCUCCCGCUACGCCACCCAGGACUUUCCCUCGCAGCCACCAACCUGAAGAUGCAUGCCAAACUAGUUCACAAUUACCACAGGACACAGCUUUAGCAGAAUCCCCACUAAUCACACAACCUGCAUCCAAUUCAGGCCCUGCUGCAGCAAACCCCCAAUCUUGCCUGGACUUGUAUCCCCAGCUGCCUCUCCCAGGAAGAGGGAGGGUAGGUGGCAGGCUUGGGGUGUCCUUCUGCAUCUCCCGCCGGGGACCCAGGCUGGAGCCGUCUGCCUCCGUCUUCUCUGACCUAGAGGAGGAGGAGAGGGAAAAAAGAGAGCAGAUGAAAGAAAGGAUAAAGGGAAUAAUGAAAGAUAUAGACAGAGAAAUUGGGGCAGAAGAGGACAGGAAACAUAAUGAAAGCACAGAGCACAAGUCCAGCUCUGACAGUGCUGGACCAAGCAGAGUUGGACUCCCCAGAGAGUCUGUGACAGAAGAGGAGGAGAUUGAAAAAAGAGAUGUAGCGAAAGUACACUUUCCUAUUUCCACAGCAGCACUUGAUAAUCAGAGCCAUGAUUCUCUAUUCUUGCCUUCACAGGACCAGGUGUCCUUAUGGGGCACGGCACACACAGAACCUGAAUGCAUGGACAGUGAGACAGAGCAAAAGCAAGAACCAGAGGAGGGCAGAGAGGACAGUCAGUAUAUGUAUGUGCUAGGAAAAGAUGGAUCUAGUCAGCUGAGAUGGCCUGCUAGUUUACUAAAAUUCACAAAGUCUCAACCACAGAUCUCCUACAGCUGCAAACCACUCCUCUUGAAUCCAUAUGAGACUGAACAAGUAAAAGAGGAUCUGAAGGACUCAGAAGAAAAUCAUUUAUUUACUCUCUCACAUGAAUCAAAUCCAUGUUUGCCAGCUAUUCUUACCCCAGAUGCCCAUUCAUGUUCACAAAGGAAGACAAAAUAUGAACUGAGAGUGCACAGGCAGAAAAAAACUGAGAGAACUUUCAAUCCAAAGCCACAUAUUGAUGUGAAGACAGAAGAACACCUGUUCCUGAAAAACAAAAACCUUUCAUCAUCUGCAGUAGGACCAGAGAGUGAAAGAUGCACACUAACUAUUGAGAAUUGUACAGCCUCCCAUUCGUUUGACCCCGCUGAUAGUGACAACUCUGACACAAACUCCCAGAAUCCUUCGGGAGGCAGAUUAUGGGGUGCGAGAGGGAUCAGGGAGAAAGCCAUCACAGCCCUGAGCUGUAAAUUAGAGUCUGCCACCCAGGCUGGCACACAGAGUAUGUGCAUCAGCCCAUCCAGGUGUGAGUGUGGGAGUGAGACAAUGUGUGAGUGUGCCAACACUAUGCAGCCAGACGUGGGUGUCUCCAAAGUGUCACGCAAAAAGAGGAAAACUAACAUCAAGAAACACAAGCUAGGGAAGAGGAACAGGCACGAGAAGGAAAACGCUUCAAACAAGCGCCAAUCAGCAAGGUGCAAAGUGAGGAGUGUUGUCUCUACAGUCUCCAAUUGCAGAGUGGAGAGAGAAGCUGGAGGAUACUGGGGGAAGAAAAAGAAGCAAAGGAAGGCCGGGGAGAUGAGGAGGCAGAGGAGGGUGCGGAGAGCAGGGAGCAGCUGUCUCCUGGGGAGAUGUGAGACUGAGCCAGUAUCUGUCUCUGUCAGGAAGAGGAGGCCUCACAGGAGCCACAGUACUGAAUCCCAGUCACAGCCAGACAGAGAGCAGGCAGAGCACUGCAGUGCCUACUCCCAGCUCAGCAGACACACAGCAGACAGAGACACAGAGGGGGAGGGAAAGCGAGACGGAGAUGCAGUGACUUUUCCCUGGCGGUCUCACUUCUCCUUACACUCCUUCUCACCAGGAUGUAACUCAAAGAUGUUUUGGGAAAGAGGUCACCAUAGCAACCCCAGGAGUUUCAUUGACUGCAGUUACCCUGACAACAGCUGUGGUAGCAGCCCAGCAAGAAAGAGAAAACUCCUCCACAGGGACAGGAAAUUCAUUCAUAGUAAGAGAAAGAGUUCGAGGCAUUGUGAAGUCUGGGAGGAGACGGAGAGGGGGAGGAAAUUAGGAGGGCAUGUGGGUUGCAGAGACAGAGGAUUUAUUUCAGAUACAGAACAGUGGGAGUGGACCGGAGGGAGCUGUCCUGGAGGCAGCGAAGACAUCAGUACGAGAGGUGGAUGGAGAUCGAGAAACAGAGUUGUCGAGUGGCAUCAGGUGACAAGGUUGAGCCCCAGUCCCAGCAGCUGGGGCAGGAGAAGCAGACAUCUUAGUACAGAGGAUGUUGACUGGGACAAGUGCAGCUUGGACAGAUGGACUUGUGGCAGCAGUGACAGCUGGGAAGACAGGGGGACACACAGAUCCACAUCAGGCUCCAGGGCUGUAGCUGACAGUAGCAGAGACAGCAUAGGAUGUAUGCAGAGGAGUGCAGGCACCAGACGUUCAAGCUCCAGACAUUUCUCCAGCCCAGAGUGGUGGACAAGCAGGCAGACAUACAGUCCUCAGAGUGUGGGCAACACAAGGGCCAACAGAUGCCACAGCCCUCGCUCCUGCAGCCCAUGCAGCAGCACCAGCAUGUCUGAGCUCAGCUGGGAGUGGAGUAGGAGUAGCACCUGCUCUGGAACUGUGAUGGACAAAGGGACAUGUAGCUCCUCCUCUGGAGCUUUAGCUGAGGCUUCUCAAGAGACAAAAAAUAUGAGCAGCCCCACCUCCACAUCAUCUAGCCUAAACUCUAGGACCUUUACUCCUUCUUCACCCCACAGAUUGUCCUUUACCACCACCGUUCCAAGCACACACAGUGGUAAUACAAGCCCUACGCUGCUAAAGGAGUCCAGUUCACAGUCUGACCUUGGGGCCUCCUCCCCUGUUACUAAAAGUAGCUCAGACACUACUGCUCCAGGACUAUCCACCAGUAAGUCUGUGCCUCAGAAACCAGCCAGAACUUUACUCCUCCCUCUCAUAGGAAAACUACCUGCUAUUCAGAGGAAGGCAAAGAGGAAAAGGUGGCUGCUGGGGAAGGGUAAAGAGAAAGAAGGAGAGGAAGAGGAGGAGGCUAAGGGCAGUGGACUGGAUACUGGAGCAGAGGUUCACAAUCAAACCUGUACUCGGGAUAUAGUUGAGUCAAAUCCAUGCAGCAAUCUCAGGACUGAUAACAAACAGACUGAUGGAGAGACGGCUCCACCACUUAGCUUCACUGCUGAGGAGAUGGACAAGUAUCGGCUCCUGCAAGAGCAGGCGAGGGAGCACAUGCAGAAAGUGUUGGAACAGACACAGGAGAGUGCAGAUAUACACACAGAGACAAACUACACACACACAACACAUACAAACAACUGUGGAACUUUAGAGGAACAGUACGCACCUUUGCACAACCCAUCACAGCCUCAAAAUCGGUCUCUUCACACAGACGCCAUGCAAACACAAGCACAGCUACAGUUAAGUCUCCCACUUCCACACGUGACUCAACAAGAGAACUAUACUCCGCCUAUUCCUCUCAGCAUCCCAAACCUCCCCCCUCUCCCACCAUCUUCCCCUCUUUCCAACCUUCAUCAUAUUAUCUUACAACACACUGCCCUCUCCAUGCCCCCAUCUUCCUCCUCCUCCUCCACUUCCUCUUCAUCGCCCACUCCUGCGCUCCACCCAGGUCAGUUGCCUCACCCCCUGCACCCUCUCCAUCCUUCCUUACAUCACCACCUCCACCUCUCCCCCAUCUCUAUCUCCUCCAUAUUUCCAUCGAUCCUUCUGUCCCAUCAUCCCAUCCCUCUCCUCCCCCCGUCACCUGCUUUCCACACGACCCCACUCUCUCCGGUAACCCUGCAACCCUUAAACCCACAGCCUUUCAUGGACAGGCCAUGGUCUGUGAGGUUCCAACAGAAGGCAUUAUGAUUUUCACAGAGAGGCUGCCAUGUUUAUUAAUCUUCCUUGGCCACACAAAUUAGUUUAAGAGAGAAUUUUUUUUUUCUUUUUUUGGACAAAAGCCUAUCAUUUGAAACAAGGAUGUGUCAGUGCUUUUGGUAGAAUCAGAUCCCAACUUCAUCUUUUAUUCACGCAGACACACAACACACAAAAAUACACACACAAAAAAAGAUUAUCGACUGUUUUCAAAUAAAAAAUCUGGUUUUCCAUUUAGCCUCCGCGGUAUUGCUGCAGACACUGAGAAAACUGACUUUGAUCCCUUUCUUUUUCCAUCAUUCUUCAUUUGGACCCAGAAUAAAAGGGAAGGUGCACCUGCAAUUCAAAGACAAGCUGGGUCUGUGUCAUCCUGUGUCUUUCCUUCUGAACCACAGACAGACCAGCUGCCUUUUGAAGUAUCCUUCAUGGCAGGGACAGAGGGGCUAGAGGAAGUGAUAAUAGGGCCUUUUCUCCCCUUAUCUCUGUUUCAUACAGGUUAUCUGGGUUACGGUGUGACUUUCAACAAACAUAAAUAAUGUUCCAUGGACCGGGGGGGUGUAGCAGAGCCAUUUUAACCUUGGUGUAUAUUGUAUUUAUGUGUGAGGUAAUUCUGAACACACACAUGAAAUAGAAAGGACAACUACUUUCCAUAUCUGAAACAUGUAAAGACCUGUUUUGUCUCUAUAGUGUAAAUAUUCUGACGGUGAGUGACAACAUUAAAAUCAUGGGAAACAAUAAAAUAAAAAGUGAGCUUAACCUUGCUAGUAGUACAAUGUUUAUUCCAGCCCCUAUGGCUUCAGAGACACAACUUUCCAUUUUCUUGUCCACAUGUGAUCCAAAUUCAUUGCUUUUCCUGAUAGCAUUUGACACAUUAGUUGUUGAGACAGCAGAGAAUGAAUCCCCCACUCUGAUUUGUUAUACAGAAAUUUGGGUUAAAAAAUAAAUGGGCUUUGAUGCUUUUUCCAUAUA